GCCCUACCUAUCUUUAGGAGGAGAGAGAGAGAGGCGCUCUCAGAGUCAGAGCCGCGUUGCGUGGUCGGCGGCACCGUUCACCCCCCUUCUCCCCCGGCGCCGGCGACGGGCGAGGAAAUGGCGGCCAGGACUUCUCUCGGGGUGGUCGCCGUGGCGGUGUUCGUCGUCGGCAUCGUCAUGCCUGCCGCGGCGGCCGCCGCCGCCGCCGCGCAGGCACCGGCGCCCGCGCCCGCCAGCGACGGAACGUCGAUUGACCAGGGGAUCGCAUACGUCCUGAUGCUGGUGGCUCUCGUGCUCACCUACCUGAUUCAUCCGCUGGACGCCUCCUCUCCCUACAAGCUCUUCUAAUCCGUGUUGCUUCAGGGGAUGGGUAGGGUUACUAGAUAAGCUGAGGGAAAUUAACAUUUAGCUGAGUGUUGCGAGGUUUUAGAAUUGGGUGGCUUGAUUGAUUGAUUUUCAGUGAAUGAUCUGUAUCAAAAGUGUUUGGUGGAUUGAUUGGCUGGCUGUAUUGGAUUCCAUGGUUUGGUGUCCCCAGUUGGGCCUGCUGGAUUCUGUUUUA